AUAAUGAGCUUCAAUCCUCAAGAUCUUCGGAGACGUUUGUGGGUGAUUUUUCCAGGCGAAGAAGGUUUAGAUUAUGGAGGUGUAGCAAGAGAAUGGUUCUUUCUUUUGUCGCAUGAAGUGUUGAACCCAAUGUAUUGCCUGUUCGAAUAUGCAGGGAAGGAUAACUACUGCUUACAGAUAAACCCUGCUUCUUAUAUCAAUCCAGAUCACCUGAAAUAUUUUCGUUUUAUUGGCAGGUUUAUCGCCAUGGCUCUGUUCCAUGGGAAAUUCAUAGACACAGGUUUUUCCUUACCGUUCUACAAACGUAUCCUAAACAAACCAGUUGGACUUAAGGAUUUAGAAUCUAUCGACCCUGAAUUUUAUAAUUCUCUCAUCUGGGUUAAGUAAGUCUCUCUUUACAUU